AUGGUGGAUGCUGCUUUCCCGCAACAACAAGGUAGCCUCCACUGCUUCUGCGCCGGAUUUCCAGGCCAGUGGCCCCGGGUUCGAAUCCGGCCGGCACCUUGCACGCUUUCCACUCGUGCUGGGUUGAGCGUCGAGCUGGCAACCCGGCCUCGUAAAACAGACAACAGUGUCAAAGGAACGGCUAAGUUGCUGCCCGAUGCGCUGCACGGCGCGGAAAGGAAAGGCAACAAAGUGGUGAAGGAACAUUCAGGGUCGUUUUGCGAACCCCGAGCCCGUGAACUGACAGCACACAGUAGGAGAUGGAAGAAACACACCAUCAACUCUUUACAAGGCCUCACAAAAGCCUCCUUGAUCCAUGGGAGAGAUGUCAAAGGAGGCAAUUUCUGCCAUGGAGCGCCUGCAACUCAACCGUAUGAAAGAGGUGGCUGGGAUCCUGUCAGAGUCCGUGAUCUACGACUGCACCCAAACCUCGCUCUUCAUGGGCGGUGGGUUCUCACUCUUCGGAAGUCGUCGAGCGGCCUGCGCAUUGGUAUCUCCAAGAGCGGCCUGGAAGAAGUUUGCCCUCGGGGUGUGGCGUCUCAGGAGACUGAAACAUCAAGACCGCGGAUGUGGCUAUCGGAAGCCUCUGUGCUCUAGAGAUCUGUCUCUCUGUCUCUCUGACUCUCUCUCUCUCUCUGACUCUCUCUCUCUCUCUCUCGUUCUCUCUCUGACUCUCUUUCUCUGUCUCUCUCUCUCUGACUCUCACUCUCUCUGACUCUCUCUCAUUCUCUCUCUCGGACUCUCUUCCUCUGACUCUCUUUCUCUGUCUCUCUGACUCUCUGACUCUCUCUCUCUUGUUCUCUCUCUCUGACUCUCUCUCUCUCUCUCUCUCUGACUCUCUCUCAUUCUCGCUCUCUCUUUCUCUCUCUUUCUCUGUCUCUCUCCCUCUUUCUCUCUCUCUGACUGACUCUUUCUCUCUCUGGAGGGGGUUUGCAGAUUCUCAAGUUGGCGGAACUCAAAACAAGUGACGCUGUGGACUGUAAAAUCGAAGCAAUGAGCUGCUGGCCUCCCACUCACUGGGCCAGGAGCAAUAUCUGUCUCUCCCUCCUUAGUGAGAGAGACGGCCUGCUAAGAUGUAGAGGUGUCGGGAGGAACAGUAGUUUUUGAUGGACUGUCGAUCAUGGUCUUGGGAGGGCUUGCUAUUGCCUGCAUGAUGGAUAGUGGUGGGGAGGGGUGUUGGUGCUUUUUGCUGGAGCAACUAGUGGGAG